CGUCAACCAACACUCAGUGGUGGGAGUGGUGUCCCCUGCCGCCCUUGCGCGGUUUCUUGAAGCCCUGUGAGAUGCUCUCCAGGCUCAUGCCGCUGGUCUCGGGUAUCUCCCAGUGCACAAACAAGAUCACCAACAGAUUGGUCAUGGCAAAGAUGGCGAAGGUGCCUGACAGACAGGGGUGGGCAGAGGCAGAGAAGGUAUGUAGGUUGGUGUCUCGCUUUGCCCAUGUUUGGUGGCUGGCGUGUAGGCCUGCACCUGAUUCUGUGACGAGAUCGAAGAGCGACUCGAGCGUGAGUUGGACGAAGAAUGCGCAGCUCCAGAAAGUGAGGAUGACGAGCCCCAUGCCCAGGCCGCGGAUGGCCGUGGGCAGCACCUCACUCGCCACCACAAACAUCAAACCAGCCCAACUGAUGUUCCAACAGAACCUGAUGAGCACCCAGACAGACCCACGGACACGCACACACACGGUGUGUGCCGCCCUCUCUCGCCUCUCUCUCUCUCUCUGUCUUUGUUGUCACUUACAUGUAGAAGAGCAUGGUGAGUACGGCAACAGUGACGUGCAGGCUGGCCAGCACCCCCUCCCCCUCCCCCUCCCCGCCGGCCGCACACGCACUUUGCACCCCACUGCUGGACCGCAGUGUGGGGCCAGAAGCGAACACCAGCUGAUAGAUAGAUAGGCACACGUCGUGUGUGUGAAGGUGGGUAAUGUGGGUGUCAGUCAGGUGCUUGAUUGAUCCUCUCUCUUGGUGUGAGGCAGGCAGGCAGGCAGGCAGGCAGGGUUGCUUACGGCGAAUACGAUGUGGCAGAUGAAGGUACCGGUUGACCCCCAGAGCAGCAGCCACCGCCGCCCCUGUCGCUCUACCAGCACAAACGUCAUUGACACCCCCAACACCUGACAGAAACGCCAGCCACACAAACACACAACACAACCCACAUCACAUCACAAUCAAGACGUACAUGGAAGGCAAUUAAGGCGUCCCACUCACUGACCUUGGCAAUGCCGAUGCCCACGCCAGCCAGAAAUGGGUCGCACACGCCAGCCAGCCGGAAGAUGUCUUGCGAGUAGUACAAGACGGUGUUAGCCGCAGUUAGGUUUUGGCACACGGCACACCCCAGCGCCACCCACACCUGCGGCCAGUGACGCGCCAGCAGACCCCACGAGCCGCAGCCUCCAGGGGGGGAUGAUGGCUGCUCCAGAGCCGUGCGCUCGGACGGUGAGGGCGGGGGCGAGGCGUCAGGUGUGUGGCCGCCGUUCUGUGUGGCUGUCGUCAUCUCGAUCUCGCCCUCCCGGCCUUUGGGAGUGUUCAGCCGGGGUGAGGGGCCUCCUCCCUCGGUGUCAUCGUCGAGGUCGUGCGACUCGAUCUCGAAGACCACUUUGCGAUGGGGGGACUGUCGUUCGGCCGCUCUCAUUGACGGUGACGCCGACGGUGAGUGCUGCUGCUGUGUCUGGCUCUCCCAGUCCCUGAGUAUCUCCUUGAUCUCCCUUUGGAUGAGCAGGUGUUCCUCCUCCUGAUUGCGGCCCGUCUGCCCGACGCCCAACUGCUUUAGGACCACAGCGGCUUUCUCGAGCUGACCUCUGCCGACGUACCAACGGGGGCUCUCGGGCAGCACCAUCACCGCCAUCAGCUGCACAAAGGCAGCGAUCCCCGCGGCGCCCAGCAGCCAGCGCCACGCAUGCUCGCCGACGAACCAGCCGGCCGCAUACGCCAACAGACAACCUGAAUGAGUGAGUGAACACGACAGACAGAAGAAACAGACGGUGGGAGGUGAGCCGAGCCAUACCCUGCCGCCUCGCCUCGCCGUACCGACGCACUGUGCGAUCUCCUGGCAGACGACCAUCCGGCCGCGAUGCUCUCGUGUGGCGAUCUCUGCGAUGUAGGUGGAGCCGGUGGCGAAACCGAUGCCCACACCGAGGCCGAUGGCAAUGCGGCCCUGCAGCAGGAAGGCGUAUGUCGCCGCCUCGCUCAGCAGAAUAGCCCCGAUGAUGAAACACAGCGCACUGAUGGCGAGUGUCGUCCGGCGGCCCCAGCGGUCAGAUAACACGCCGCCCACCAGGCUCCCGACCUGCAUGUGUGUGCAGUGCACCAUACACUCAACGGCAGGCGUCUUGUCUGUCCGUGGUGCUGACUGAUUGACUGGCUCACCAUAGCCCCUGGAGCGACCAUGCUGACGAAGAGCUCCUUCCUGGUGCAGGUGAAUGCGUCACCACACAGCUUGAAGUCCACCUGGAUGGGCUGCAGCACGACGGCCACCACGCACAGGUCAUAGCCCAUCAGCAGCCCCGUCAGCGUGGUGAAGGCGACGGCCAAGAUCGUCAUGGGCGUCAUCCGCCCCGCCCUGACGGCCGGCAGCCUCGCCCUCCCAAUCGAAGGACUGUCACUGCGGUCCUCCGGCUCGCCGUCAUCGGCACCGUCAUCCUCUCCCCCCCUCCCCGCCCUCUCAUUGCCAGCGGUUUCUCCCGGCGUGUCGUCCUCUUCAUCAUCAUCAGGGCCGAAGUAGCCCUCGGUGGACAGAAGCCGCUUCUGCUCCUGCCCUCGGUCGCGGCGAACGGUGGUCGCUUUGCCGAAUAGAUGCGCGGAGCCCUCUGGGCGGGGGAGGGAUGGGAGGGCGCUGAGAGGCGGGGGUAUGGCGCGGUAGCUGCCCUCUUUUUGGGGGCUGCCGCCAGACUCGAACGAGGGAAACGAAGGCCUGGCAGUGCAGUGCAGGCAUUGCCAACACACAACAAGCAGACACUAACACUGGUUUGGCGUGCUGUGCUUUGUGUCUGUCUGGCUGGCUGGCUGGCUGGCUGGUCUGUCAAUCAAAUCACCUGUGGUUUGGUGAGGGGUGGCGGUCAGAGUUGAUGGGCGUGUCGUCCAUCAUAUCUGCAUCUGCAGGGCUGGUGCCUCCGCUGCUCUCUCGCGAGGCGCGGGACGAAUCGGCUGCAAUGUCGAUGACAGAAGGGGCCUCCGUAGAAUUCUCAUCCUUGCCGCUGUUGGUGCCCUCCAUCGACAAGGUCACCGACUG